ACAACACAACAGGACAUACCUCCUCGACCAAAAGUCGAAUUCCCACAUAGCCACAGAGCAAAGUUUUCUCUCCUUCGAUGGCUACCACCAAUCCCUUUCUCUAUUUCCCCCCUCUUCCUAAAUUUUCUCCUCCACUCUACCGCCGGUUCGACUUCUCUGUUUUGAAUCGGACUAGAAUGGCUACAGUGAGAACUUGUGCUACGGGAGGGGACUUGCUGGGUGAUUUUGGGGCCAGAGAUCCUUUCCCUGAAGAGAUAGAGAGUGGAUUUGCGGAGAAAGUUUUAGGCAAUGUUGAUACUGAGCAUAAGAUUCUUAUUCCCAACAUCUCUGCUCUCGCUCUUUCCCAGCAAGAGUGCACUCCUAUAUCUCCCCUCCAGGAUCCCAUGUCUAAGGAUGAUGCUCAAAAGCUCUUGAAGAAGGUUCUUGGCUGGAGGCUGUUGGAUGAAGAAGAUGGGCUUAAACUGCAAUGCUUGUGGAAAUUGAGAGAUUUUAAAUGUGGGGUUGAACUUAUUAAUAGAAUUUAUAAGGUUGUAGAAUCUUCUGGCCAUUUUCCGAAUCUGCAUUUGGAGCAGAACAACCAAGUCAGAGCUGAACUAUGGACUUCCUCCAUUGGAGGCCUGAGUAUGAGUGAUUUCAUUAUAGCUGCCAAAAUUGAUGAGAUUAAGACAUCAGAUCUUGCCCCUAGAAAAAGAAUAUGGGCAUAGAUGGAACAAUUCCUUAAUCCUGAAGAAACUGAAAACAUCUGUACUUUGACAAAGACAUUCAGCUUGUUGCAAUUUAUAUCAAAGCUUCUUCUGUUAUUUUCC